ACAAAGCUCAGUCAAGCGCAUGAAGGCGGCAGGCCAAAUGAGCAGGUAGCGGCUGUAAAUGAGAGGGGGGGGGCAUGGAGGUGCGUGUAGUACGCUACACUGAAGUUGACUAACUUCACAAGAGGAUCACAUGGAGUUUGGACCACUCUCCGGUGUCUGUACCCUGGACUCGUGAAUUAAUCCGACCGACCCAGAGGACCGUAUCCAGUUUCUCGUAACGCCAGCCCAGUCGCCGAAAAGUCGCUUCAACGAGAACCGACUAUUGGGAAUACCUUGAGUGCGGUUCACGUUCACUAAGGUCCUCGUUGGAGUUUAAGCGAGGAUAAAGUCGUCGAAUGAAGUCGUAAACAUGUUAGUGUUACUUAUAACCUUUUCGGCCGGCGUGUGAUCUGCCCGCGCGCUGCGCGUCUCCGCGGCGGCAACCUGGAACGCCGCCUCUGAAGUUGAACUUUUUCUCUUCCGCGUGUGCGCGCUUGAGCGUGAGAGAGUGUGAGAGGGUGUGUGUGUGUGUGUGUGUGUGUGUGUGUGCGUGCGUGCGUGUGUCGGUGUGUCGGUCCUUAAAAAAAUGUGGCGCCCUCGGGACUUGCAAUCACGUAACGCUGUUUGUCAACUUCCUUGCACUGCAUAUGUAAAGUUUCCGAGUGUCGCUGUUAGUGCGAGUUGUUAUUAUAGUAGCAUUAUUAGCUGGACUCGCGGGAGCUGCCCAUGCGCGUGAGGGACACGUGGAUCAUAUUUUGGUGACUUUAUUAUUUUAUUCCUUUUGAGUGAAUGUGUUUGCAUUGGGAAUACUCGGUUGGAUCAUCCAUUGGAGAUAUCGAAAGGUCACGCGUAAACGUUUGGAUUGUUACGCUGUAGGAGACGACAACAAGUGGGCAACAUUUUAAAACAUUUCUACAAGUUUUUUUUUGUUUUUUUCCAUUCUACCCCGCACCCUCCUAACUUUCUGCGGUGCUAUUGCCUGCCUUUGAAGUCCACCAUGUGCGGCCGGGCUCCGCCGCUUCAGCCGAAGCCAUGACCGUCCCCCGAUGGCGCCUGGCCGGCUUCUGGCCGCCGCUGCUGCUGCUGCUGGCGGCCCUGCAGGUGGUGCUGGGCCAGCCAGGCCUGGAGCCCGAGCGGCCGGGGCACCGAGCGCUUAUCAAGGUGACACUGCUGAAGCACGACCCGACGGGAAGUCCCAUCACUCUGGAAGGGGUGUUUGUGGGGGGGAGCGCCGGUUACGCGGAGGGAAAACUAAUGCAGUAUCACCCUCUGUCUCUGUGCAACACAAGUGAAGAUGAGCGACCAGAUAGUGACUUCAUCACCAUUGUCAAACUGGAGCAAAGAGGACCGCGCUGUCUACCGCUGCCGGAUAAGGCUCAGAUGGCACUGGACAAGGGCGCUCAGGCUGUCAUUUUCGAUGUCAGCGAUGAUGCAAAUGCAGCUGCUGAGCUGAGAGAAGCGGACUCCCUUCCACGCCCAGUCGUGCUGGUGGACGCUGACGAUGCCGAGGAGUUGAUGGGUCUGGUCAACAAGAACGAGGAAGCUCAAGUCUGCAUUGAGAUCUUGUUGGAGCAGCCCAAAUGGCCACAUUAUGACGUGGGCAUCCUCCUUACCGUUGUCUUGGCUAUUUUGACCAUCGUCCUCAUCUUUGCUUUUCGCUACAAGUGCAAAUCUAACAGAACUUGGGACACGGCCCAUCAGCAAACUGUCAAUGCCAUUAGUCGUUUGGAAACCAAAACCUACAUCUCCCAGGGCUGCUCAGGCACACAUCGCUCCCAUGGCAGCAGUUCCAACUCCGGCCCAGUCUGUGCUAUCUGCCUGGAGGAAUUCCAGGACGGCCAACAUUUGAGGAUCAUCUCCUGCGCUCAUGAGUUUCACAAAGACUGUGUUGAUCCUUGGCUGCUGGAGCGCCGCACCUGUCCUUUGUGCAUGCACAACAUCUUGGGGACAGAGAGGCAGCCACACAGGAACAGACUUCUGUCCAGUUCAGGACGAAGUUUCCUUCACCCGCAGCCUUAUAGCAGUCCACGAAACCACCCCUUCCCCCAGCAUGCCAUCCCUUUCUCUAUGAGACCCAACUAUCCUCGUGGACCUUCGGGGUCCUAUCCCCCUGUCGGUUACUACAAUGCGUCUUCUCCCAUGGACAGCCGAACGCUACGUUUGCUCACCAGCAGGCCUCUGGGCGCCCCUUGUGAGUACCACCUUCCCGCAGAAGGUCCCAGGAGGCCCCAGAGGACUGGCGGAAACUGCAGGACUUCGACCCACCACUAUACCCCCCGCCGGUCCUGUCCAAACUAUCGCUCAUCCUGCCCAGCUCAGCGUAGCACACCCAGCUCCAGGAUGCACCACAGCGCCUCAGCCAGAGUGGCCGCCCAAGGCCGGCUAGACGAGGGCAGCUGCUCCGGCGGCAGCUAUCACACGGACCGCAGCGGAUAUUUGGCAGACGGGCCGGCGAGCGACUCCAGCUCGGGGCCGUGCCACGGCUCCUCCAGCGACUCGGUUCUAAAUUGCACCGAUGUGUCCAUGCAGGGAGUUUAUGGCAGCUGGUCCACUUUCCGGAGCUCGUUGAGCAGUGACUACGAUCCGUUUGUGUAUCAUGGGCCGGGGUCUGGGCGAGCCCCGCGGAGGAACAGUCUGGAGAUGGAGGCCCAGGCCAGGCCCAGGUCUGUGGAUUUGGUGGUGAAUAAAGUGGGCUCCCCUGAGGAACAGCCACAGACUGUGUUCAGCCACAUCCACUACCACCGCCAUAGACACCACCACUAUGAGGAAGGGGAGGGCAGCCAGGGCUCAGAUGAAGAGCAGGGGGGCACAGCAGCAACAUCUGCACCUUCUUCACUCCCCUUGGACAAAGAUCCAUCUGUUUGCCCUCCUCAGCUUAGUCACUGCCAGUGCACAAAACCAGACUGUUCUAAUGUGUGUGGGACAGAAAAUCAGGAUCAGGACCCGAGCAGCUUUUCAGGGCCCUCUGUCCUGAUGUCUCCUGUCCCUAUGAAGCUACAGACCCACUGCUAUCACCAAGGACACAGUACCACAGCUCUGGGGCGGUGCUGUAUGCGAGACUCCCUCUCCACUCGCUUUCACCAGAGCUCGGACUUUCAGGAAGACCGGAGCAGCCGCGUCCACUACGGCCAAAGUUCAGGAUUCUGCCGCUCUCCUCCUGAACCGCACCCAGCCCCCUUUCCCGUACCUCUUAUUUCGGACUCGGGUGGUAUCAACGACUGGCCUUGCUGUGCCGAGUCCUACGUUGUGUGGCAAAAACGAGUCCAGGAGGUCCACCCUGAGCCUCAGAAUCUGGGCACCAGGACCUCCAUUGAGUGGGCCCCUUGCAGGUUUCACCAUGAACUCGCUGCAGAUCGCAACACAGACAUUUGUUUAUGUUGUCAAAAAAUAUACCAACAUCAGGGAUCUGAAGAGGAGUCUGGAGUGUGACAACUUGUUUUCACAAUACAGUAGAACCCGUUUAAGUCCACCUGAUUUACAAACCCUGUUUCCAUAUGAGUUGGGAAAUUGUGUUGGAUGUAGACACAAACGGAAUACAAUGAUUUUCAAAUCCUUUAUCAUGUUAGACCUCCCAAAGUUAGACCCGCUCGACAUCCAUUGCUUUCCUCCUCUCCAAGGUUCUCAUAGUCAUCAUUGUCACCGACGUCCCACUGGGUGUGAGUUUUCCUUGCCCUUAUGUGGGCCUACCGAGGAUGUCGUAGUGGUUUGUGCAGCCCUUUGAGACACUAGUGAUUUAGGGCUAUAUAAGUAAACAUUGAUUGAUUGAUUGAACCCAUAUUCAAUUGAAUGCACUACAAAGACAAGAUAUUUGAUGUCCAAAUAAUUAACUUAGAAUUUAAUGGCUGCAACACGUGCCAAAGAAGUUGGGAAAGGACAUGUUCACGACUGUGUUACAUCACCUUUUCUUUUAACAACACUCAAUAAAUGUUUGGGAACCGAGAAAUAUUUGUUGAAGCUUUGAAAGUGGAAUUCUUUACCAUUCUUGCUUGAUGUACUGCUUAAGUUGUUCAACAAUCCGGGGUCUUGUCGUCGUAUUUUACGCUUCAUAAUGUGCCACACAUUUUCGAUGGGAGACAUGUCUGGACUGCAGGCGGGCCAGGAAAGUACCCACACUCUUUUACUACGAAACCACGCUGUUGUAACAUGGGGCUUGGCAUUGUCUUGCUGAAAUGAGCAGGGGCGUCCAUGAUAACGUUGCUUGGAUGACAACAUAUCUUGCUCUAAAACCUGUAUGGACCAUUCAGCAUUAAUGGUGCCUUCACAGAUGUGUAAGUUACCCAUGCCUUGGGCACUAAUACAUCCUCAUACCAUCACGGAUGCUGGCUUUUGAACUUUGCGCCUAGAACAAUCCGGAUGGUUAUUUUCCUCUUUGUUCCGGAGGACACCACGUCCACAGUUUCCAAAUAUAAUUUGAAAUGUGGACUCGUCAGACCACAGAACACCUUUCCACUUUGCAUCAGUCCAUCUUAGAUGAGCUCGGGCCCAGCCAAGCCGGCGGCGUUCCUUUGUGUUGAUAAAUGGCUUUCGCUUUGCAUAGUAGAGUUUUAACUUGCACUUACAGAUGUAGCGACCAACUGUAAUUACUCAGUUGUUCUAUGAAGUGUUCCUGAGCCCAUGUGGUGAUAUCCUUACACACUGACUUCGGUUUUUGAUGCAGUACCACCCAAGGGAUCAAAGGUCCGUAAUAUCGCUUACGUCCAGUGAUUUCUCCAGAUUCUCUGAACCUUUCGAUGGAUUUUACGGACCGUAGAUGGUAAAAUCCCUAAAUUCCUUGCAAUAGCUCGUCGAGAAAUGUUGUUCUAAAACAGUUCGACAAUUUGCUUACAAAUUGGUGACCCUCCCCCCUUCCUUUUUUGUGAAUAACUUAGCAUUUCAUGGAAGCUGCUUUUAUACCCAAUCAUGGCACCCACCUGUUCCCAAUUAGCCUGCACACCUAUGGGAUGUUCCAAAUAAGUGUUUUAUGAGAAUUCCUCAACUUUAUCAUUUAUUGCCACCUUUCCCAACUACUUUGUCACUUGUUGUUGGCAUCAAAUUCUAAAGUUAAUGAUUAUUUGCAAAAAAAAAAGUUAAUCAGUUUGAACAUCAAAUAUGUUGUCUUUGUAGCAUAUUCAACUAAAUAUGGGUUGAAAAUGAUUUGCAAAUCAUUGUAUUCCGUUUAUAUUUACAUCUAACACAAUUUCCCAACUCAUAUGAAAACGGGGUUUGUAUGUUGGAAACCUGUCUUAUGUCGACCAACUCAUCAAGUCUUCAUCCACCGUGUUCGUUUCAUCCUUAAAAAGUGCUCUCUUGAGCCGAUGUCAACAUACAUGGUCAAUCGCUUUUUUUCAACUUUACAAUUUGAUAAAAAGUCACUCCUAUCUGUUAUAGUACGGUAUUAUUUAAUUCUUUACCGCUCAAUAGCAUGAAACCAGUUACACAGCCUUAAGAAGAAUAGACAGUGACUUCCUGUUCAGUGCAAAGUAAGCGUCAAAAUAAAAGCAUGGCAGUAUUACUGUAACAAGUCACCCAUUCAAAUUUAUUUAGGAAUUUUAGCCACUGGGAAAGAAAGAUUUGCGCAUGCUGUGUCGUCAAUUUAGUCAAGACAUAAAACGAAAUUAGUGCUGUUCAAUAAUUUUUUUCAUCACACUUUUGGAUUUGGAUUAAUCCUGAUUAAACAGGUUAUUACCCAUAUGCAUGAACUUAAAAGAGCCGAAUAUUUGGACACAAUUUUGUCAGAAUGUUAUCUAGAAACUUUUUUUAAAUGUUUUUAAAAUGCACGUCAUUUAUUUGCUUAACGCUUAAUACAUUGCGUGAUUAAUCAGCUGAUACACAUUAUUAAUGCAAUAUUUUUUUGUCAUUUAUUAAAAGAGUUAACUUAUUUUCAACAGCCAUAAUAAAAAUGUAGAAUACAUGAAAACUGAAAGAAUCAAAUUGUAAUUGAGGAAAAAAAUUUAAUGUCACAUUGUCUUUUUGUGACAAGUUAUUAAGGAGUGCUUAGUUUUGGCUUUGGUUCGUCGACAUAAGCGGUUGUAAAUCAAGCAAGUCCGAGGGGCGUCAACAUAAACGGGUUCCACUGUAUCACGCUGCUACUCAGGAGCCAGAAUGGACCGUGGAACGCUGUGGUAGUGCUCUCUUCUCUGCUGCCACAACAAGAAGAUUCUUUAUCUCAGCUCCUCCCUCCGCUUUGUCAACAUAAUUCAUGACAAAAAAGUGUCAAUCUUUUCCCAAGGUUCUGUGUUUUGGAUGAUCAGGAGGACAACAAUCACAGAAAGAAAGUGAAAGUGUGCCCAUUUUUUAGGACACAGGGUUUGGUUUUUGGUGUGCCUCCUCUCUUUUUACGACUAACUUAAUCGCUCACUUUGGUACUUUGUUCACUUGCUCAAUCUUCAUUUUUGCUGAGGGGAGCCUCAGUGGACAAGUCGUCACUAUCCUACCUCAGCUCACAUUUGUCUUGUCUCACAGGGUCUUUAAAAGGUACUGCUGUAGUUGUUUGACGCCACACCAACAACCUUGUCAGGUCGCUUGAUUCUCUGAGGUGUUCUCUGAAUUGGCAGAGCCUUGCAUUGGCCUUGUUUUCAAAACUUCAAAUCAUGGCAGCUGUUUUUAUCAUGAGUUUUGUUGUGGUUUGUCUGUUUAAGUUUUCAAAAUGACCGAAUUAUUACAUCUUAAUAGCAUUUGUUUUUGUUUUUUUACUUUAGCGGGAUGAUGCUUGUUGUUUUUCAUGCUUUUUUUUUUUUCUUUGUCACAAUUCUGCAUUGUAGCUGUAGACACACCCCCAGUGCCUUUUUUUAAUAACAUCAAGAGAAGUGGAAUAAAGCCACACCUUGUCCGCCUGAAAAACAUCACAGAAAAUGUUCAAACACUGAAAACCAAUUCAACGCACUUAUAGGAAUUGGUUAAAAGGAGUAUCUGGGGCAUGCUUAGAAAACCACAAAGUUUAAAGUAAGUAACAGAAUUUCGAAUUAGAAGUUCAUUAUUUGUCAUAAAGUCAAAAUAUCACGCAUAUAAAGUCAGAAUAUUAGCUGUAUUCCUACAAGGAAAAUGCCUUAAAUUUUAUUCAAAUUGUUAUAGAAGGAAAAAGUUGUUUCACAAGAAAAGAAUAAUGAUUCGACAAAAAUAGUGGAGUGUUAAAUAGUCAAAAUCUAAUUAUAAGGAUAAAGUUGUAGAGCACUUUAUUGUGAUUGUGUAAAUGUCAGUAAAUGUAAAUGUCCAAAUGUACUGUAUACUUCAUAAUUAUGUUGAAUUAGACAACAGAAAAUACUUUUAGCAUGCUGGAGGUGCAUCAUAAAUGAUCCAGAUGCAACAAAAUGCAUAUUACAUACAUGUUAUUUUUUAAAUAGGUGAUAUAAUUAUUUGGGCUGUCAAAAAUAAGUUAACGCAGGUAAUUAAUCACAAAAAAUGAUGUCACUAAACAUGUAUUAACACAGGUUAAUCACCCAAUUUAUUUUCUUCAUAUUCCAUAUAUAUUUCUUCAAAACACAUCCUAAUGAAUGAAUUGUUUAUUUUUAGCCAAGCAAACAAAACAAAAGAAUGACAUGAAAUACAAAAGAUAUAUAUAUAUAUAUAUAUAUAUAUAUAUAUAUAUAUAUAUACAUUAUUUUUACACCUACAUUGAAAACAUUACAUGUGACUAAUCUUUUGUAAAUGUCAAGAUUGGCUCAAAAGGGAGUGGGAAGAAGUAAACUUAUUAGGUCCCACCCCUAUACAUAUACAACAUAUAUAUACAAUAUAUAAUUCAAUAAUAUAUAUAUAAUAUAACUCAAUUCAGUGGUUGCUGCGUUGAUGCUAUAUAUUAUCUAUAUAUAAUACAUUUAAAUUCACACACACACAUAUAUACAUAUGUACACACACAUAUAUACACAACACACAUAUAUACAAUUUAUAUAUAUAUAUAUAUAUAUAUACAUAUACAUACAUACAAUACAUAUAUAUACACACAUAAUCACAUACAGACAUGCAUAUACCCAAAAUACACACAUAUCCAUCAUAUAUACACACACACAAACACCUAUAUAAAUACUAUAUAUAUAUAUAUACAUAUAUACAUACAUACAAUACAUAUAUAUACACACAUAAUCACAUACAUACACAUACAUACACACAUGCAUAUACCCAAAAUACACACAUAUCCAUCAUAUAUACACACACACACACCUAUAUAAAUACUAUAUAUAUAAUAGUAUAUAUAAUAAUGUGACUUAAUACUUUUAUCAAGUUUUGACCAAAUAAAUUGUAUUCUUAGUGAAAAAAAAAUUUUUUUUAAGUUUGUAUGUUAUUCUGACAAUUUGUGUUAAAAUGUUGAGGUGUUUAUUUUAAUUUAAAUUCUGCCAGCAAGUAAUUUACUGUGAUUCAUUAUUAAUCACAAUUUAAGUGUGAUUAAUUUGAUUUAAAAAAUGCAUCAUUUGACAGAACUUAUAAAUACACAUUACCAUUUGACAGCACUAAUCUGUGUAUGCAUAUACAUGACUAAUGCAAUGAUUUUUUGUGAAUAAUCACUAUUUUUGACAGCCGUUAUAUAUAUAUUUUUUUUUUUCAUACAAUACAUUUAGAGUUUACUUUUGUUAACACUUACAUACAUAUACAGUAUGUAUGUACGGUACAGUGAAGUGAAUUGGAGCAGUGGAACCUGCUUAAGUCGGCCCCACUUAUAUCGAGACUACUAAAAGAUGACAAAAUAUCAACAUAUAUAUAUAUAUAUAUAUAUAUAUAUAUAUAUAUAUAUAUAUAUAUAUAUAUACAUAUACUGUAUGUAGAUUGAACCACUUUGUUGACAUAGAACUAAAUUGCGACGUGUUAAUAUUUUCCACCUUAUCACCACUAAGCAGCAUGAAGUGUCAACAGCAAUGUAUUUACUGUUCAGUCCCUUCAGGAAUUUACGAUCGCACCAAUUCACGCAAAUUAUGUUCGACCUAACAAUUUCCAACUUCUCCGCGUAUUUUGGCCAAUCAGCAUCAUUUUCAAUGAUCAAAUUUGCCUCUGAGUGCCCGUCAACUGUUGUGUGUAGUUGAAGCACAAACAGCAACGUGUAACAAUAAAUAAGUUGCUCGAACGAUACAAUUCCAAAUCCCGCGUAGCUCAGAGUUACUUCCUUUUCCAAUCUAAGCGCUAAGCCUUCUGGGUAAUGUGCAAUGUAAACAUUUAGCAACACACCAGCGCCUUCAUUUCCUAGUUUAUGCAUAUCUUUAUGUUGUCUUUCUUAUCCGGGGUAAGACAAUUAAGAACAUAUUUUCAUGAGCAAUGCUGACCUUGCAAAGAAGCAGCAUUUACAUGUUAGAGAUGUUGAAGUGCGACGCUAAUCUCAUCGUCUUUAGUUUACCACCAACAACUACAACUGUUUCACAACAGUUCACACAUGCUGUUCACAUGUGGGGAACAUGUGUUGGAACAUAAAUUAAAGUUUAAGAUGGGCAAACACUUUUUGGCGUAAAACAAACAUGGAAAAAAGUCUGCAAUUUUUGGUCGACAGAGCAGACAGCAGGUAAUAAAAACACUUUUGGCAGUGUUUCGAUUAUUCGUCAUUUAAAAUAGUAAAGAAUUUUGACGAUGAGCUGAGUAUGUGCUUUUACUGCAUCUAGUGUGUAGUAAAAUAUCAAUGCAAUAUUUGUUUUAAUUUUUUGUUGAAAUACUUGCUUUGUGUGGUUUAGGUUACGAGUAGCACUUAAAGCAUUGCAAUUUGAUAAAAUCAUGUACAAAUGUCCGAAAAAAAUAAGCCUCAAAACAUUGCAUCUUUCUGAAAAAGCUGCCUUGAAGUCCAACAUUUAGGCGGCGACAAUCACAAAAACAGCCUGCAAACUCCUGGAGGGAUUGAUCGUCACAUUACACAGCAUGAAAGCAUGCACGCAACCUCCUGUUCAGUGCCGAGUAAAAACAUUUUUUACAUAGUUAGUCACCGAGGAAAUUUUUAAAUGCUUUAUUUUCAUUGUGGGGAAAACCUACAAGAGCAUUUCAACAACUGCUCUGUUAGAAAUAAAUAAAUGGGGAAGAUGAAUGUGCAGAAAAAGAGGAAAAUCAUGUCAGCAUAUAAAAACUUUGUAUCGUAAGUCACAAGUACCGUUUUUUUUUGUUUUUUGGAAUGUAAAUCGCACCGCCCGAAAAUGCAUAAUAAAGAAGGGAAAAAAAACAUAUAAGUCGCAUUUUUGGGGAAUAUCUAUUUGAUAAAACCCAACACCAAGAAUAGACAUUUGAAAGGCAAUUUAAAAUAAAUAAAGAAUAGUGAACAACAGGCUGAAUAAGUGUACGUUAUAUGACGCAUAAAUAACCAACUGAGAAAGUGCCUGGUAUGUUAACCUAACAUAUUAUGGUAAGAGUCAUUCAAAUAACUAUAACAUAUAGAACAUGCUAUACGUUUACCAAACAAUCUGUCACUCCUAAUUGCUAAAUCCCAUGAAAUCUUAUACGUCUAGUCUCUUACGUGAAUGAGCUAAAUAUUUUUAUUUGAUAUUUUACGGUAAUCUGUUAAUACUUUCACACAUAAGUCGCUCCUGAGUAUAAGUCGCACCCCCGGCCAAACUAUGAAAAAAACUGCGACUUAUAGUCCGAAAAAUACGUUAAGCGUGCAACAUAAACAGGUUCCACUGGAUUAGUCAGGUCCUUAGAGAGACCUGAUGGUUCCACACUGGCGUGUUUUUGGUUCUUUUUUCAAAUUUGGACCCAUAUCAACUUUAUUCUGUCAACAUUUAGUUUCUUAAAAUGAGAGUUUUACUCUCAUAUUGUGAUGACUUAUUUUCCUGUAACUUACCUCUUUAUUCCUGUGGCGUUUGUUUUCUCUCUGGCCUUGAGACAUGUUGGUAGUGCGUGGACGACCACGGUUCUUGUGUUUGAAAUAGUUUUUGUUUUUUUUGCAUGACACCCUGCCUUCAGUACGGUUAGCCACCAUUUGCUUUGCACCCGCCUAACCACAUCAAACGUGUCGAUACAGUAAAAAAUGCUUCCCCUUUGCACAUGCAAGUUGUCAGCUUCGUAAGCGUAAAGUCGUAUUCCGUCAUUUCUGUCGUUACUUAAAAGGAUUUUUUUCAUAGCAGUGUGACUGCAGACACACUUAAGAGCUGAAAACCGUCGAAGCUCAAUCUAACUUGUAGCACUUACAUUCAUCCAUUUUGCAGAAAGUGUCAGCCCCCUUCCUUCCAUUGAGUUACCUUACUUAGUAGGGAAGGGAUUCAUAUGGCUCCAUUUCUGGGUGGAUCUCUAAUUUAUGCAGUCAGCUGAAAAUGAUGGAAAGCGCCACUCUACAUAGCAACUGACGCUGUAGUCAAUGUUGGAUUUGCCACAAAACACAUUUUAAAAUAUUGAACACUUUACUGCUAUCUGCCUGUUAAAGGGAAUAGUGCACCCCUCAAUUUCGUCAGGUUUCAUGUUUCAGGUAAACCAAUAUGAAUCCCCUUCCUACUGUAACUGCUAAUCAUUUUUGGACAAUCCAUUAGGCAACAUACCUCACUUUGAACACAAUCUUGCAGCGUGUGUGUGUGUGUGUGUGCGUGUGUGUGUGCGUGCGUGCGUGCUCUGAAUGAGAAACAGCAUUCUGGGUGAUUUUAUAUGGAAAAAUAAAAGUGUUCAUGUGAAAUCAGUCUAAAUAGAAAAAGCUCAUCCAUACAGAAGCAGCGUAUUGCAGAUCUGCGGUUUCAUCCAAAACCUGACAUGUGCUUUAAACUUGCGUUCCUACUCGAGUGCGAAUAAGAUUCCCUCCAUAAUGCCAAGGGAUCCAUCUAUCAAUAUAUUUUGGAUACUUUGUAUACAAAAAGAGUAUAACACAAAUAGUGUUGUAUUUUAUAUAUAUAAUAGAACAUUUCAAUAUAGUGACUUAGUCACUGAUAUAUUUAUUUACUAAUAUAUUUAUCCGUUUUGUCCAGGUUUGAAAUGGUUGUUUCUGUAUAGACCAAUUUUGUUUUUGUUUUCUGUUUGGAAACCAACUAGUGCCAUUACAAAUGUAUCAACCUGUCUUCAUUCCAAUUAUAUGCAAAUAAAUUAUUUUGAAAUAAAA